AUGGCGGAAUUCAUCGAUAUUUUACAGCAAAGGGUCAACAAACUGGCCGAAAAGGUGGCCCAGUACACCAAGAACAAGCAGAUCAUGGAGGAGACUCAUGCAAUCGCAACCCUCGUCCGAACUGAAAGCCGGAAAAGAAAAAAACUUCCAAGCAAGGCGGUGACUGAAUUAGAACCAUCAAAGAUACCCGAUUUGUUUUUCCUAAAGGAGGGUGACCCUACUGAUGAUGAACUUCGACCGAAAGAUCACGAAAUGGUCCCUCUCCCAGGCCAUCUUGAAAUCGUUCUUGACGAUUAUGCACUUGCAACAGGCGGAUCACCCGCCAAUGAAGCCAUGUUGAGAUCUCGAAUUGACGCCAUCAUGCUGUGCACACUUGCUAUGAUGAAACGUGAGUGCGUGUAUAACCCACGUCUUUCCACUGGAUCUAUUCAAUCUACCGACAGUAUCAGGUCCCUACAUCUUCAGUUUGAACGGAGUAUCAAAACUCCAUGGAAAGUCGAGGGCACAGAAUAUCUACUUUCCGGCGUUGUGGACUACUCGCUCUGGUUUGGAACGCCCCAGAACUACGAAACCAACCUCGUUAUGGUGGAAGCCAAGAGAGUUGGGGCCCUAGAUAGCGGAAUGUUCCAAUGCCUUGCAUUUAUGGCCAUCAUUCACCACGCGAGGAAGAAGGCAAAUAUGAAGAACACAUCCGUCUACGGCAUUGUUACGGAUAGUUUCCGUUGGGAUUUCAUUCAAAUCCGAGGGAACAGCGAGUACAUAACCCGCCGAUAUAGGUGGAAGUACCGCAAGGUUCAAAUUGUCUCCCUUCUUUACAAAAUUUUUGAAACCACGGCACAUUCCUCCUCCAUCCAACCCCAACCGCAGCGCAAGAGAUGGAGAGAAGGUUCUGAUACCGAAUUCACGGCUGAGCUGGAGCAGCCGCGGAGGGGGUAA